GUGGGGUAGAGAGGGUAUGGAAGGUUUAGAUCAGGUGUCCUGAGUGAAGCAGGACCAGAUUAUCCCCAACACAAAAUAGCUGGGAAGUAGCUACCAUAGAUGGUCUCAUUUUAAAUUAGGCCAGCCCCAGGCAUGAACAAAGACAGUCCACAGCCCUUGGAUUAGUCAUGGAACUGAAGAGGAGAAGACAGCACAGGGCUGUGCCUGGCUGGGAGUCUGGAGUUUCCAGUUUGGUGUGAGGCAGGGGAGGGGCCUCCACACAGGGGGCAGGCAGGAGGCUGGGGCAGGGCCCCAGUCAGCUAUGCAAGGCUGCCUAAGCAGAGGCAGCACCAAACAGGACCCAACAGCCUCCUGAAACUUGGGGAGUGGACACUGCGGCUUUGACCACCCAAGGCACCACUCCUGUUCUAAAGCUUGCAACUCCAUUUGUCAUCUGAGGCCUCAUCUUGUACCCCAAGGAUGGAACUACUAAUAGGAGUAAAAAUUGGCUGCCUAUUUGCCCUGCUGGCUCUCACCCUCGUCUGUGGCCUUAUUCCCAUCUGCUUCAAAUGGUUCCAGAUUGAGGCAGCCACAGGUCAUCGCCGCCGGGUCCUCAGCCUCCUGGGCUGCAUUUCUGCUGGUGUUUUCCUGGGUGCGGGGCUCAUGCACAUGACUGCUGAGGCCCUGGAGGGAAUUGAAUCGGAGAUCCAGAAGUUCAUGAUGCGGAACAGGACAGAGAGUGAGGGUUAUUCCUCUGGUGAUGCUAAUUCAGCUUAUACAGGCUAUCCCUAUGGAGAGCUCGUCAUCUCCCUGGGUUUCUUCCUCAUCUUCCUUUUGGAGUCGCUGGCAUUGCAGAGCUGUCGUGGAGCCAAUGGAGGAUCAAAAGUGCAGGAGGAGGAGAUGGGUGGGGCUCGUGUCCUUGGACUCCACAGUCAUGGACCUCUACCCUCACCCUCAAGGAGUCCCUUUCGAGCCCUCGUCCUCCUGCUCUCACUCUCCUUCCACUCAGUGUUUGAAGGCCUGGCCGUGGGGCUGCAGACAACAGUAGCAGCCACCGUGCAGCUCUGUCUUGCUGUCCUGGCUCACAAGGGGCUCAUAGUGUUUGGGGUAGGACUGCGGCUGGUGCAGAGAGGCACUGGAUCACGAUGGUCCGUGUUCUCCAUACUGUCAUUUGCUCUCAUGUCCCCCCUGGGCCUAGCCCUGGGGCUGGCUGUGGCUGGAGGGCAUGCUGAAAGGGGCCGAGACUUAGCCCGGGCUGUGUUAGAGGGUGUAGCAGCUGGCACCUUCUUAUAUGUCACCUUCCUAGAAAUUCUGCCCCGGGAGCUAGCUGGUCCUGAGGGCCCUCUGCUCAAGUGGGGCUGUGUAGCUGCUGGCUUUGCCUUCAUGGCCUUCAUUGCUUUGUGGGCCUGAGAGGUUCCUGACUUUCCUGCAGACCCAUCUAGAAGGGUGUCCCCACCACCAGCAGACACCCCCAGAUGGCUUUGACCCUCAGACAUUUCUUUGCUGAGACUAAGCAGUGUUCACUAGGCAUCAUCCACAUGAACUGGAUCCCAGGUUUUCCUCAUGAGAUGCCUCUGCUCAUCCAGGAUUGGGAACAGGAUGUGUAUGUUUGGUUGAAUGCUUAUACUUUGGGGAAUUGGUACAAAGACCACCGCUCCAAAUUUGACUCUUGUUCCAUUUUUGCUGCUAUGUGUAAUAAAAUGUCCAUUUUCCCCUCCCUCUUCAA